AUGACGAUCAAGCUGAGGAUAGAGAGCGAAAAGCUGGUGAAGUCGAGCGAAGAGAAGGGGAGGAGGCCGGUAGGGGAACAGGUGCAGCUCAGUGUCUUCGACACGGUGACCUACAACACCUUCUUCCCCAUCAUCUUCACCUUCCGAGCGCCUUCCGUCUGCAACCGCGCCAUAGAACUUGGCCUGCGGCUUGCCCUCGCCGAGUACCCGGAAUGGGCCGGCCGCAUGGCCCCCGGCGGGGUCGCCACCAUCCUCCUCAACGACGGCGGCGUGCGGCUCGUCGAGGCCGCCUGCGACGCCCCACUGAGCUUCGCCGUGCCGCGCGUGCCGACCCCCGACCUGCUCCACCUCCACGGAGCUCGAGCGUACGGCGGCGCCGCCGAGCAGGAUGACGACCGCCCGCUUCUGCACGUCCAGCUGACGCGGUUCUCCUGCGGUGGGCUCGCCGUUGGCCUGACGGCGAGCCACAUCGUCGCCGACGGCUGCGCCGCCUGCUCGUUCUGGAUCACCUGGGGACGCGCCGCCCGGGGACUGGCGGUGCCGCCGCGGGCCGUCCUUGGCCGGGGAAUCUUUCCGGUUAGGAGCCCACCGAGGGUCGAGUUCGAGCACCGAGGGGUCGAGUACAGCGCAACUCCUCCGGCGCCGGCGACGGCGACUGCUGUCCAGUGGGAAGGAGUGAUCGACGACAUCGUGCUAGAGAAGGUGCACUUCCCUGUGGAGUUUCUGAGGAAGCUGAGAGCGGAAGCUUCCUUCCCGGACUUGCAGCGUCCCCACAGCACCUUUGAAACCUUGGUAGCGCACCUGUGGAGGACGGUGACGAAGGCCAGGGGAGUGGAAGAGGAGGUGGAAACCCACCUGAGGAUCUCCGUCAAUGGGCGGAGAAGGAUGAAUCCGCCAGUCCCUGAUGAGUACCUCGGCAACCUGGUUCUCUGGGCAUUCCCCGCGGCGACGGCGGGGGAGCUCCUCCGCCGGCCGCUGCACCACGCGGCGGCGCUCAUCCGCGAGGCGGUGGCAAGGGUCGACGACCGCUAUUUCCGGUCGUUUAUCGACUUCUCCGAGCAGAUGAAGGCGGCCCCGCCGGGAGAAAGGUCGACUCCCACGGCGGAGAUGGAGAACCGGGUCCUCAGCCCGCAUCUGGAGGUGGAUAGCUGGUUGAGAUUCCCAUUCUACGACGUUGACUUCGGGAGCGGGGGGCCGGACUUAUUCACCCCUACGUGGUCGCCGUAUGAAGGAUUCCUGGUGCUGCUCCCUUCUGCAGCUGGGGACUGCGGCGUGGACGUGCUAGUCCCUCUCCUUCGGGAAAGGAUGCCCAUCUUCAAGGAGAUCUGCUACACUCUGGAAGCAAAUUAG